UCGAUGUCCAUGUCGAUCAGCUCCAGAGCUUGCCCCAAGCAACGACGAUGGCGGAAUCUAUUUGCAGAGCUCUGCGAGACGGCGCGUUGGAAGGCGAGCACGCGCCGGCUCUCACCAUCAAGGACUCGAUCAACGCGCCGCUCGGUUUCGACGUUUUCGCCCACGUCCUCGCUCAGCUCUCCUCCCACAUUUUGGCGGGAAAGUCCCAGUCGAGAGGGCUCGUGCUGGUCGCUUUCACCCGAAGCCCGUCGUUUUACGUGGAUUUGCUGAAGGAAAGAGGUCUUGAAGUUAACUCGUCUCGGAAAUGGAUUCAGAUCUUGGAUUGUUAUUCAGAUCCCCACGGUUGGAAGGAUCGCAUUAUGGGACAAGGAAAAGUCGAUGAUGCUACUAAGGAAGCUUCCGGUGUGUCCAGACUUUGUAAGGAUGUGAAGGACAUGGAUAAGUUGUGUUCUUUAGCUAUUGAGCUGGGGAAAGGCUUGCUUGGAGAAGGGAAAGGUCGUUUCUCUUUUGCAUUGGACUCGGUGAAUGAGAUGUUGAGGUAUGCAUCUGUACACUCAGUUGCACGUGUUCUCAGCGACCUUCGGAGCCAUGAUCUGGCUUCCUGUGUCUUCUGGUUGUUGCACUCAGACCUUCUUGAAGACAAGGUUGCUGCUGUUUUUGAUUACAUGUCCUCUAUGGUGGCCAGCUUAGAAUCUGCAAUUCCCGCUUCCAAUGGACUGAGGAUCUCCUUGGAAAAUUUAUCUUUGACGGAACAGAAUUUUAGAAGGGCAAAGUUUUCUGUCCGUUUUAAGCGCCGGAAUGGUCGUGUGCGGCUGAUGAGUGAAGAAGUUAGUAUUGAAAGGUCUGGCAUCACUUUUUCAUCUGUUUCGACUGAUGGUGGAACUAUGGGCGGAAGCCUUUUGCCUAAGGUGCAAUUUAACCUACAGCUGUCAGAGAAGGAGCAGAUGGAUAAAGCAAAGGUGGUACUUCCAUUUGAACACCAAGGAAAUGGAGAACCGAUUGAGAUAUAUGAUGGUCGGAGAUCUCUUGCCGACAAAAAUAAUGAGGUGGCUGGAACAAUGCAAAUGAAGGAUUCUAGCAAGGGUGAGAUAAUUUAUCUUCGGGAUUCAGAUGAUGAGAUGCCAGAUUCCGAUGAAGACCCUGAUGAUGAUUUAGAUAUAUGAUAGCUUACCUGCAAUAGCACUUUUGAUACUUUAGGAGCGAUGGCCUGUUUGUCUCCAUUGCUGGUGCUGCUAUCGUAUCACUGAUGUGGCCAGCAAUUACAGCAACGGUGGAAUAUCUUGACUUCUCCAGAUAGGAGGUCCUUUUGGCGGUAUGGAUUUUCCUUGGCUUCAGAAUGCAUCAGGGAAAUCACUUGGAGUGGUAAUUGAGUGCAAGUUUUUAAGAAGAGAAGAUGUCAUGAGAGCUUUUUUGUUCAAGUGUUGGUAACUUUUGGGUGACUGAGCUUGUAUUUGUGUAGGGGAGCUUGAACUUCAUUAGAUGAUCAUUAAAGGUCAGAAAUCAAAGAUUAUAGGGUGUUGGCUAUUAAAUUCUCGAUCUGUACAACUGUCUAUGCUUCAAGGUUGUUUUGGUAGUGGAAAGUGGAGAUUGCCCAAGAAACUAGCCGGCAAAUGGUUUUGUAUUUACAAGAAUAUUUAGCAAACAUACUAGAAUUACUCUUUGCCUCUUAUCAUUAUGUUAGAACCUCAGUUCGAUACAUGAUCCAGCUAUUUACUUGCAAUCAAAUCAGUAUGUUUGGAGCG